AAUCUCAAACACCCGAAGACAUCUUCUUGCUCCAAACUAUGUACCAUCCUGCUUUCUAUAGCUAGCUAGACUCUACUACUAGCAAGCAAGGCACAAGCUAUAAUAUCUAUACUACUGAAUGCAUGCAUCAAUUUUACCAUGGAAUCCCCAAUAGCAAACAACAAUCACAACAAGAAUGCUAGUAAAAGCAGUCAGACGGCCAUGGGAAACCGUUGGUUCCGCGGAUUUGCCUUGCUCUUGGUGGCAAGUUUUCUGCUCUUUCUGUGGGACAAGGUGGAACUCAGAGUCACAGGAACGCAACAAGAAGAACUGAUGGGAGUGCAGCUGGUAUUCAAAGGAUCUUCUCCUAGUAGUACCAUUCAAACAAAAACAAGCAACAGCACUCUUGCCAACACGGAAGUUGAUAGCCGGACGCACACUGGAACCACUGCAGACCAAGACAAGGACAAGCUACCAGCUACUGAGGCUAGCAAUCCACAAGAUGCUACCAGUACCAGUAAUGGAAAUGUCAAUGCCAAUGACAACACCAAGUCAGGCGAACCUGCCAAGGAGAAGCGGGCAACCAGUCCACUGACACGCCCACCAGAACCACCUGAAGCGGUGGACGAUUCACUCACUCCCCAAGAAUGUGAAAAUCAAUGUCAAACAUCCCAAAACAAUGAUUUCGACUUGUCCAAAGCAUCCAAUAUGCGACAACGAUUCACCGAAUACCGACAACGCUAUGUUGCUCAGCUCCAGCAAGAUUACGGAGAAAAACUCUACAAGGAUCUCUUCACGCCCAUUAUUGAUCCCGAAACCAACACUCCCGUCAGCAUUGGAAGAGAUUUCAUCUUUACCGAACCCCCCAAGUUGAAACUCAAACGAGGCACGGCACGGGGGACACCCCCACCGCCAGGAACCGCAUGGAAACGAUUUGUUCGAAAACUCUCCAUCAAGGUACUCCAAAUUCAAUUGGGAUCCGUCCUGCAACAAUCCAAAGCUUCAUACGAUUGCAGCAAACGGUGUCAUUACAAGUAUCAUCCCGGAACCUACACAAACUAUGUCUGGGCCACGGGGGGACACAGCUCGUCGGCCGGUCAUGGCAAUUUCUAUAGAGAAGCCUACACGGCUGUCAUGGAACGAGCCGUACAACCCAUUUUUCGAGCCAUUGGACUCGAUUUUGAGGCACGAGGAUACUCGUCUGGAGGAACCAGUAGUGCCGAUGAGUAUUCACUUUGUUCACAAGCAUUCUACGGUAGAGAUAUUGACAGUCUUAGCUGGGAUUUUGGAAUGACGGAUGGGAAGAACAAAUGGAAGAUUGGCAUGUAUGCCUAUCGAGCGGCACAAGUGGCCAAAGCCAGGAAUACUAUAUCGCAACCGGGCGGUAUUCCUCGUCGACCCGCACUUUUUGGCAUUCAUCAAGGGGACGAACACAACGCGGUGUUGCAUUAUAUGUACGAGCUGGGAAUGCCCGUACUCGGAUACAACGGUGGAUACGAAGCCAAUCUCUUUGCGGCAUUUCCUGAUAUGAUGGGCAUGUCGGACCAAGAGAUUGAAGCGGUACCGCGAUUGGCUCGCCACUUCAAGUGUGCUGGUGGCGUGGAAACGGGCGAACCAGGAUGCAACGCGAACAAAUUCAAUAGAACUUUCUGUCCCUCGCGGGCUGGGCGAGCAAAAUGGCAUCAGGGCUGGAAAUUCCAUGCCUUGGCAGGACAUCUGAUCGCGACCAUGUUAUUGGAUGCUUUGCAGGAUGCUAUUGAGGAGGUGGCCAAGCUGGAACCCAUCGACAACGAAGACAUGCCGGCCAAAGAGGCUCGCAUCACCUCGCACUUGCAACGUCUCUCUCAAGAAGAGGCAGCCGACUACAACAACAUUUUAAAUGCUCCCGUCCACGAGUAUUUGCGGCCCGAGUUUGAAAGAAUAUGGGCACCCGGUAGCUAUUUUGCCAAGAUGACUCCGGGAAUGGCAUACGAACCGUUGCUCAAAGACCCAAUCCUUUGCCAUACAGCACUCCUUCCCGCCGAUAUCCGCUUUCGGGGUAUACUCACGGAAAGCAAUAUGGUGGGGAACAUCUACAAUCAAUAUUACGACAAGGGCUACAGUUACCAGAAGAUCCAAAAAACAGAAGCCCCCCCUCCUCGUGGCCAACGUAAGCCAGUUAUGUUUGUCGAUGAACGGCCCGGACAAGCCGACAAGCUGACACUCGUCAUGAAUGAGGACGAGCGGGAAAAAUGCGAAGAGCCUACAUUCUUUGACUUGGACGAUUGGUAUCACACGACUUCGAUGCAACCAUGGAAAACCCUGUUGCUUCCCAAUGAUUCGGAGAUGCGUUAUUACGAAUUCAAUCCACUUCAAAGUCGAGGAUGGAUCUUGAUGUGUUUGAAGAAGUGUUCCUGGGGCAAGUGCGAUGGGACCGAUAUGCAUGACUAUUUGCCCGGGAACUGGCCCGGUGGAAAGAAGGGUCAGGCGCCUCCCACCAAGGAAGAACGGGCGGACUACGGAACGGUGGAACUCGAGGUGAACAAUGUACCCGUGACCAAUGCAGUCCGAUUGGAGAAGUGUUAUUUUCUGACACACGAGGAUCCCGAUCCGACCAAGACGUAUGUGUGGAAGCCAAAUGAUGCGGGCAAGUACGAGAUUCGAGUCCGCAUUGCCAAUGCGAAAAGGUACUCGGUGCUCAAAAUGACAUCCUUUGUCUUUUUGUAACAUCAUCUUACUGCUAGCUGGCUAAUACCGUACAUACUUUUGCUACCCAACAAGUAACUAAAUCAUGCCUUAGCACAUCG